UCUCAGUUUUACAGUUCUAAAUUAGACGGCGUAGAGAAUAGAGGGUCUUAUUGUUGAGCCCUUUGUACUUCUUCCUGCAACUGAGAUCACAUGUAAAAAAGAAGAUUAUUUGUAAUUUUAUUGAUUGAGACAUGCAUAUUCAUCACAAUGUAUGAUAGAAAAAAACACGGUAGUAAAGCAAAUGGGAAAAAUUCACAAAAAAAUAAUAUAGAAACUGAAUUCCCAAAGUAGCAGAGAGCUUACUCUGAUGAAUAAGCUGAAUCGCAAGGGGCUUUCCGGUAACUUUAAUGUCCAGUAAUAAUAAUAAAGUAAAGAAAGAUAAUCCGCAUACGUACAGCGACUGACACACGCCUCCCUACCCCCUCCCCUCCUCUCCCCACCCCCACGACAGCCGGCGAUGUCGACGAUGCCGCUCUGGUUCCGCGAUCGGCUCGCCGUCGUGCACGAGACGCUGGCGGAGCACCGGGGCAGCCUCGACCUGCUGCGCGCUGCCAUGGCGGGAUGGCAGGCCAACGGCCUGCAGAUGGACCUUGUGGUGGAGGCGCGGGUGACGCUGGACGAGGCGUGGGCGGCGCUCGGGGACGCCGAGGCGAGCCUGAGGGCGGCCGACCUCCUGGUUGACUCCAAGGGCCUGGGCGUUCCUCCGGUGCGCGGCGGCCGGCCCGCCCGAGUCCACCUCGCCCACGCCAUCGACCGCGUGCCCAGUGUGCAGGGCCGGCUCAAGAACCUCAACGGCCGAGUGCGCGCCAUGGCCGUGGCGCUCGCGGGCGGCGUCACCAGCGCCGGCCUCGUCGCCGCCGAUAUCGACGAGGCUCGGGCGCGCAUCGUCGGCACGAUCCAGGGCUGGGACGCCCUGCUGCAGUCCACGGCCGAGGCCCGCGCGCACUUCGGCUAGGGUCACCUCACUCAUCAGGCUGAUUGUCCAAGCCAAGAUCUACGUAUUUAUCAACUCGUUUACUUCAUCUACCUAGCUAUGAAUUAUGAUCUCUUGCUAGUUUAUUGUUGUGCAGACUACUCAUGAUUUCAGUUUGGUUGGGUCGGAUUACUCCGCUGCUAUAUAUACUACUCCUAUCUGUGUUAAUUCAUUUCCUGGAC